AUGACUUAUAGCAGCAGCUUUUAUAACCUCAGUCUAGUUGAAAUUUCGAAGGGUCGGCUGUCCUCGAGUUUUCCACUAAUUGGUACAGAAGAUGCGAAACAAAUAUGCUUCAGUUGUUUGAAAUGGGUGAUUGAGGAUGGAAAAGGUGCACUGCAGAAGCUCAAGCAGCCAAGCAAAAGUUUCUGGAACCAUAGUCUCAAUCACAGGAGCAUUUGUGGUAACAUUCUACAAAGGUCUGCCAAUCAUACUGCUAUCAUCAUCACUCUCCAAUUCACCCAAUCAACUCCUUUUUCUCAUAACAAUCAAACUGGAUUCUGGGAGGGCUUUUUCUUGCAGCUGAAGCCUUCGCAACUUCUUUAUGUUAAGAAGUACCCAGCAGUGGUGUUCAUAGUCUUUUACCAAUGCUUAUUCACAACCAUAUCUGCAGCAUUUACAUUAGUUGCAGUUAGAGAUGCAAGUGCCUGGGGAGCUAAGGCUGGAUGUGGGGCUGAUUUCUAUUUUAUAUGCUGUAAGCAAAUAGAAACCCUGUCAUGUUUUGGAGUUGAAAGAUUUUUCAUAGUUCAUAAAGGAUACUUGUAG